AUGGCCACCACCGUUAUCUCUCCCACAGAGGCCGUGCAAAAUAUGACGCCCAACUACGAGGUCAGGCUCUUGCUCAGCCCAACUGCAGUCCUCAGCUCUAAACAUGAGCUUACGGACACUGUCCUAUCGAGUUUCAAUACAGCCUCGACCACCGCGAUAAACGUGCAGUUCCUCGACACGUGCUCUAAGGAUAUCUAUAAAGCCGACUGGAGCGCCCGCAUACGUAAGACCGAAAACAAGGACGAAUUUGAGCUGACGUAUAAGAAGCGGUAUGAUAUCACGGGUAGCGAUAUUGACGCCGCUCUUACUACGGCCAAUAACGAUGGCUUCGACGCCGGCGACACGAACUAUAAGGCACAAGUCGAAUGGGGAUACGAGAAGAAGACACUCUCAAUCAGCCGCAAGAAAGAUAUACCAUCUACGGAUCGCGGAACAGACUUGCCGGGAAUAGGCAAAUCGCGUAAAAUGCUAAUUGACGAAGCGCCGGGCAAGUUCGACAACUGGCAUCACGACAAAUGGGGCACUAAAGCGUUAGCAAUGUCACGUAUUUUUGGCAAUGUCCUCUUCAGGCGCUCUGUUGGCACGUGGAAUGGGAUAGAGCUUGACCUCGAGGUCUGGCCCAUCCUCAACUUGGCGGGUACGGAAGAUGAGUACAUUGUCGAGGCUUCUUUCAAGACGAAGAGCCGUACGACAGCCCUCGCUGAGCAGAAGAGCUUAGCCGAUUACUUGCAGAGCAAGGGCUGGCUUCUAGCCCAGGACUCGCUAAAGACACAGCUCAUCAUGGAGCGCUACUGA